UUAAGUGAAAUUAAUGUAAAUAAGUCCAUAAGAUGAACUGCAGCCCAAAUACACUUUUUAGAGUGUAGAAAAUAAUCCAUAUGUGAUUCGCUUUUAGCGCCUAUAAAGUUAAACUGAGCCUUUUAUCAAUCAUAUUGUAGCAGAUUUAUUCAUGUAGCUGUGAACUCAGACGCCUGAAGCUGCUUAGGGUGAUGGUUCAGAGUCCUGCAGACUGAUUAUUCAAAUUGUUUUAUUCAAAUGUAUAUAAGAGCAUAUUCUAAAUUAAUAUCCAUUAUUUUGUUUUAUUAUAUUUUAGAUCAGACAUUUCUUGGUUGACAGACAUUAAAUCUGAAUCUGUCAGAGGUAAAUAACUGGAUUAUUCUGUUCAAACUGAGGAUCAUCAGAUGUUUCAGUUUAUUUGGACUGAAAUGGAUGAUCUGUUCAUUUCUUUGUGUUUUGUUUUCUGAUAACUGCUUGUUGAAAUUACACUCUGACUCACUAAACGCACAAAACGCAACUUUAAUUUCAGUUGUAUGAAGAUUCUGACAAACUCUGAGGAUUUGUUCUUCAGGACGUGAAGUUUCACCUGUUUUUGUUUCCUGUGUUUCUGCCCAGUCACGCUUCCUGCUGGGCUCUGGUCAGACUGGUUUGACUUCUUGCUCAGCUUUUGUUUGUUGUGGUAUUAAAAUCCUCCUCAGAGCCUCGAACGCCUCCUGACUCUGAAACGGAGACAAACGAUCCACCUGGAGCAAACGACACAAAUAUCAGAGACUUCCAGCUUCCUUCAGCCAGAGCCGAGACGUUCUUAUAAACCUCCGUGUCUCUGGCGCAUCACUUCCUGUUAGUCAGGAAGGUCAGAGGUCAAACGAGGUGUGAACUUUCCAUGAUGUCCAAGAACUGUUUCAAAAUCUCAAAUCAGUAAAAUUCACUUUGCAAAGACGCCGUUUGACCUGCUGGGUUUUCAUGUCAGAGGUUCUGGUUGAGAUGCAGAGUCAGGCAUGCAGGGAGAAACCGGGCCGUCAGCUGGAGGUACGGCCCGUCCAUCCGGUACCGGUCCACCCGGUACCGGUCCUGCCACUGACACUCAGCUAUGACAGAAAUGUAAGGCGUGUUUUCAGUGAAUAACAAUGAUGCUUCAGACCAGAACAGCAGUUUUCUGGAGCGACCGGCUCCGGGUCCGUCACUCCGCCAGCAGACAGCCAGCCGUCCGCACCGGCGCCGCCGGCCCAAACAUGGAGGAGGGGAAGUGCACCGGCUUCUUCAUCGGCCUGGCCAUCUUCCUGGACGUGGUCGGCCUCCUGCUGCUCCUCAUCGGCAUCUUCGCUCCGCUGCCCUACUGGGACUUCUUCGUCCUGUCCGGGCCGCUGCUCAUCUUCCUCAGCCUGGUUCUGUGGAUAUUCUGGUACCUGGGGAAUCUGACCGUCUCAGAGGAGGAGCUCAACCUCCGAAAGCCGGACAUCCUGUGACCUCCCCGGCCUGGAUGAGGGCAGAUGGGGUCGGAUCGAGUCGGAUCGGGUCUGAUCAGGUCUGAUCGGGUUGGAUCGGGUCGGAUCGGGUCUGAUCGGGUCCAAUCGGGUCGGAUCGGGUCGGAUCGGGUCUGAGGUGUCAACAUGAGGAGAGAAUGGACGGAUCCACAUGAAGCAGCCUGGAAAUCAGAACUGGUCUCUCUGGAGCCUGACUGCAGGAAGUGGGAUUCAACCUGAACUCGUUUCUGGACCAGGAACCAGAACCAGCUUCCCGUCCAACCGGACCUCCAUGAUUCUGACUGUGGUUCUCGUUAUCAGCUGGACGCUUACAGAACUGAGCCUGGUUGUGUUUCUGAUCCACAUGUUGUCAGUUUGGGUUUAACUUUCAGUCGUUGCACAUUUAUGUAUGAAGGACGACAUUCUGAACUAAAGUGCUGUGAAAUGACGCUGUGUGAGUUUCUUUGUUUCACCGACCCAAACCAGCCGGACUGGAUGUGCUGCUCGCUUUGCUGAGAUAAUAUUAGAAACAACAAACCGCAGGUUUCCAUCAGCUCCACCUACACUGCAAAACGUCACCUCACCAAGUGUUUUCACUGUAAAUACAACAUUUAAAAUGAGACCAAAAUAAAGAAGCUGUUCAAUAGUU